UUAAAUUUAAAAUAAAUUUAGGAAUGUUCUUUUGAUCGUAGUUUACUCUGUUAACAGAUAAGACAAAAGUGGAGAGACUGAUAAACAUUUUCAUUAUCGAAACAAAACAGCAAAGAAAACUGUUCAUAUAUUGCUUAAUAGAAAAAUAACAUAGUGAAUUAAUUUUACAGUACAAAGAUGGUUCGAGUUAUAGCCAAAAGUUUAGAUACGUCGAUUUUGGACAAUGUUCACGUGGACAAAUACAGUGUUGAGGCUCAAAUAGAAAAAAUAUUAUUAAAAUAUCCAGUACACGAGUCUAAAAAUUAUGUGCAAUGGCUUAUCAAAGCUGUAUCUCUGAUUGAUCUGACUACGCUCUCUGGAGAUGAUACUAGGUCUAAUGUCACUAGACUGUGUGCUAAGGCUGCUAAUCCACUUCCAUUUUUAGAAGAAAAAGUAAAAACCAGAACAGCAGCUGUGUGUGUGUAUCCAAACAGAGUAGGCAAUGCUCAUGAUGUUAUUAACAGGAUGAAACUAACCAAAGAAAUACAAGUGGCUUCAGUUGCAACUGGCUUCCCGUCUGGGUUAUAUCCUCUACAUACAAGACUACAAGAGAUCAAAUAUGCUGUAUCAAUGGGUGCAACUGAAAUAGAUGUUGUUCUUGACCGCAGUCUUGUACUUAUGGGAAAGUGGGAAACUUUGUACCAGGAAGUGCUACAGAUGAAGCAGGAGUGUAGUACAGCCCAUUUGAAGGUCAUACUCGGUGUUGGUGAACUUGGCACUUAUGAGAAUGUCUAUAAUGCAUCAAUGGUGUCCAUGUUGGCUGGAGCUGAUUUUAUUAAAACGUCAACAGGAAAAGAAGCUGUGAACGCAACCUUGCCUGUAGGACUUGUUAUGUGCAGAGCAAUACGUAAUUUCUAUCAACAGACUGGUUUCAAGGUAGGGUUGAAACCAGCCGGGGGUAUAAAGACAUCUCGGGAUGCAGUCAACUGGCUUGUAUUGGUGCAUACUGAACUGGGACCCGAAUGGCUGACCCCACAACUAUUCCGUAUAGGAGCCUCUAGUCUCCUCGACGUUUUAGCAAAAGAUAUAAAACUGACUUGUAACGGAAUAUGGCCAUUUUUUUAACUAAGGCAACGAAUAAAAUUAUUAGUAAGUUACUAAUUGCAUUUGAUAGUUACAUUUUUAAGUAAAGUUUCUGUAUUUUUUUCAACUUUGAAUUGACCAAUCGAGAGUUCUACUAGACUCGAACCACCAAUAAGAUGUUUUCGGUGAAUUUUAACAGCCCAACCCCGUUAGACUGCAUUAUCAUUCACCAUCAGGUGAGAUUGCAGUCAAGGGCUAAUGUGUAUUAAAAUAAAAACAAAAAAUUGUCUAUAAUACAGACUUACCUAUCACCUACUGUUUAAGCACUGUGUCAUUGAACAGUCAAAAUGGCACGGAAUGUUUGGUGCUAAACAUUAAAAGAGCACCAGACGGGCGCUCGAGAUAGCUUUGUAUUGCCAACUUGAUCCCUGACUUGAUACUGACAGUAUGGAUUUUAGAUCCUUUAUAUAAAAUUUAUUAACAAAUUAGAAAAUACGAAGUAAUUGUAAUUUUUUCGUUCUCCGGUUCACAUUCAUUUUUCAUAACUCGAUUGGUGGAUUCUACUGAUACACGCAGUUCACGCUCGGAAGAGGCGCCUCGUGACGCCGAAGUUUGCUAUGAGGUUCAAGGAAUUUUAACGAUUAGAGACAUAAUGACUACCCGCGUUAUACGAUUCAGUAAAAUUAUCUCGUCUCUUACGAAAAUUUGAAUAACGUUUUUCUUGUUAUUUAUUAAUAAUAAAAAAUACAUAACAGUAUAUAGAUAUAUGUAGACAUUACUGAGUAUUUUAAAUAGCAGUCUUGUUGUACACAAAGGUACGACACAAGCGUGUGGAAGUGCCCGUUCUUGCCUCUCGCCACAUAACCUAUAAACGAGUGAGUCAGUGGCGGAUUCCGACAAAAAUACUUCGCGUAACCUUAAAAUGCGUAUUUGGUGCGUUCGGAUAAUUUGUAUGCACUGUGUUUCGAGAUAUAUUUGAAUCUAUUCAAAGAGAAGACAAACAGUAUAUGUGUUAUUAUAGGUUUUGGUCAUGUGCCUUUAUAAUUAUUAAUACCACAGUUUAAUAUCCGGUGUUUUAUAAAUAAUAAUACAAUUACAAAUUUUAUGAUCAAAAAUGAUAUUAUAAU